AUGCAUUUUGUCAACCUUGCUGCUUUUGCCUGCGCUGUAAUCAGUGCCAGCGCAUUUGAAUUCCCGGACUUUGUCCCUCUGCACAAACGCCAGGAUCCCGGAACUCCUGCGUACGAGUGUCACGCCAACUGCGGUGGCGUAAUUACCGCCGGCCGUUCUGACGGAUACUGUGAUACCGACAAUUUCAAGACCGAACUGACCGAUUGCCUGAACUGUGCCGUUGAGUUCGACAUUUGGAAGUAUUACGGGGGUUCUGUGUCCAAGGCUGCUACUGCAUGUGGAUUGGAUGCCACCCCGGUUGAAGCUUCUUCCACCACUACAUCUGUUAGUGCAACCACUGCAUCCGAUAGUGCUAGCGCUACGAAGACUGCAGAGGAGACCAUCAAUUCCACUGUGACCACUGAUGCAGCGACUUCCUCUACUGGUACUACGGUCGCCUCAACUUCCGUGAGCCCCCCGCGUGUUUCUGGUUCUUCUCGCUCAUCGGCAUUGAUUCCUUCGGCAACACCUACUGGAAGCUCGACUGCUAGCACUCCUUCCUCGUCCCCCGUCUAUACUGGUGGUGCUAUGAUGAAUACAGGCAGUGGACUGGUCUCUGGUGCCUUUGUGGGUUGUCUUAUUGCAGCCUUCAUGUAA